UAUAGAAAAUAAACUGGUUGCUAAGGACAACGCCAUUUUGUUAGAAAUAAACUUUGGAAGCACUCAAACGCUGGGAGGAUCGGGAACAGCAGAAUUCGGUCAAUGCUAAAGAUAUUGACUUGCAAUUUCAAUGGCCACCCAUCGAGAAAAUGGAUAAUACCCUAGGAACGUUGGUCAACUGCGAGAGAAUCAGCAUGUCGACGAAUAUGAUUGAAAAAAUCUUCGGCUUAUCGGGUAUGAAGUGCUUAAAAGUUUUGUCAUUGUCGCGUAAUUAUAUAAAGCAGAUAUCGGGAUUGGAAGCUGUCGCUGAUACUCUGGAAGAGCUCUGGCUAAGCUAUAAUCUGAUUGAGAAACUUAAAGGCAUGACCGGUCUCAAAUGCCUGAAAGUUCUCUACAUCAGCAAUAAUUUAAUUAAGGAUUGGUCCGAGUUCAACCGCUUGGCCGAAAUUGAAUCGCUUGAAGAUUUAGUGGUAGUUGGAAAUCCAUUGUCAGAGGGUCUGGAUGAGCCCACCUGGAGGGCUGAGUGCAUCAAGCGUUUGCCGACUAUACGAAAGCUGGACGGGGAACCAGUUGUGCUAAAGGAGGAGCCAAUAUUGUAAUCUAGUUAGGUUCAAUUAUUGAUAUUGUUCAUUGAAUUAUGAAAUGAUCUUAAAUGAUGAUAAUA